UUUUGCACUUAUCGGCAUCAACAUUGCAAUCAAUUGUCAACUUUCCAUUAAGAAUUAACAAAUGGACUUUUUAAUUUUCAUUGAAAGAUUCUAAUCAUUACAUCGUUUCGCCAUCGGUAACCCCAUGCGUUCAUCCCGAUCUGAUAGUUUUGUUCAAAAUGACUUUGGAGCAAACUACAUGUGAAGAUUUAAAAGCUUUUGAGAGGCGUCUGGUUGAAGUGAUUGCUUAUUAUCAACCGCAAACGAAGAGAUGGAGAGUGAUGUUUGCUGUUGUCUCUCUCUGUACCGCCAUAGGUGCUUGGCAGUGGCUUAUGGACCCGCUAACAUCACAGGUUGGAUUUGUCCAGUCUCUCCUAAAUCAUCUGUUUUUUAGUAUCAGUAGUACUGUUCUCAUUGUCCUCUUCCUGAUGGGUAUCCACAGGAGAGUUGUUGCACCGUCCAUUAUAGUAUCUAGAGUACGCCAGGUGUUGGCCGAUUUCAACAUGUCCUGUGAUGAUAAUGGGAGAUUGAUCCUGAAGCCCAGGCCGACCACGUGACCCCCAGUCUGUAUAGACCCCAUUUAGUGAUGAUGGAAGGAAUGUUUCUUCUUUUGUAAUAUUUGUAAAUAUGUAUGAAUGAGUCAUUU